AUGUGGCCACUGGCUUUGUGCAUUGGAGUUUUGGUCUUUAUAAGCAUUACACAUUGGGUUUUCAGAUGGAGGAAUCCAAGGUGCAGUGGAAAACUCCCACCGGGUUCAAUGGGAUGGCCACUUCUUGGAGAAAGUCUUCAGUUCUUCGCCCCCAACAUGUCAUCUGAUAUUCCUCCAUUCGUCAAAGAGAGAAUGGAAAGAACAAGUUUGGUGGGUCGUCCAGUCAUAGUAUCAACAGACUCAGAUCUUAAUUAUUUCAUCUUCCAACAAGAGGGACACUUGUUCCAGAGCUGGUACCCGGACACCUUCACAGAGAUCUUUGGGCGACAAAAUGUAGGUUCUUUGCAUGGGUUCUUGUACAAAUACCUCAAAAGCAUGGUGCUCGAUCUAUUUGGUCCUGAAAGCCUUAAAAAGAUGAUUCCUGAAGUUGAAGAGACAGCAAGUAGAAACUUGAAAAUGUGGUCAGAUCAGGACUCAGUUGAUUUGAAGGAUGCAACUGCAAGAAUGAUUUUUGAUCUGACUGCAAAGAAACUGAUCAGUUAUGAUCCUGAGAAGUCCUCAGAGAAUCUGAGGGAGAAUUUUGUGGCUUUCAUGCAAGGAUUAAUCUCCUUCCCUUUGGACAUUCCGGGCACCGCAUAUCACAAGUGUAUGCAGGGAAGACAAAAGGCAAUGAAGAUGCUGAAGAACAUGCUACAGGAAAGGCGAUUGAAGCCAAGGAAGCACCGAAGUGACUUCUUUGAUCAUGUCCUUGAAGAACUUCAGAAAGAGGAUACAAUCCUCACAGAAGCAAUUGCUCUGGAUUUGAUGUUUGUGUUGCUAUUUGCCAGCUUUGAGACAACUUCACUGGCUCUGACUUUAGCCAUUAAAUUUCUUGUGGAACAUCCUUUGGUGUUGAAGGAAUUAAGGCAAGAACACGAGGCAAUUCUUAGAAGACGGGAAAACUUGGAUUCUGGAAUCACUUGGAAGGAAUACAAAUCAAUGACUUUCACAAUUCAGUUUAUCAAUGAAACUGUCCGACUAGCAAACAUAGUUCCUGGAAUUUUCAGAAAGACACUCAGAGAGAUCAAGUUUAAAGGCUACACCAUUCCAUCUGGAUGGGCAAUUAUGGUUUGUCCUCCAGCCGUGCACUUGAACCCUGCCAAAUAUAAAGAACCCCUUGAAUUCAAUCCAUGGAGAUGGGAUGGAGUGGAACUAAAUGGUGCAACUAAACAUUUCAUGGCUUUUGGAGGUGGCAUGAGAUUUUGUGUUGGAACAGAGUUCACUAAGGUGCAAAUGGCCGUAUUCAUCCACCACUUGGUAACAAAAUUCGAGUGCUGCACCAUCAAAGGAGGAGAUAUUGUCCGAACACCCGGUUUACAAUUUCCAAAAGGUUUUCAUGCUCAGAUCUCUGUGAGAGACAAAUAG